GAUCCUAGAUUUCUACCCAUCAUUCCAAUUCCAAAACCAAUCAACUUUUACUUAAACAGUAGUAAUACUAAUGAUUGUUGAAAUCCUAUUCAAAAUCAAAAUCAAAGAACUUUCAAGAAAUAACUAUAGUGGCAUGAGCUUUGAUUGGUGUAAAAUUAUAAAUCAACACCAAUAACUUCAAAACUCAAAUUGAAAUUUGCUUUCUCGUUCUUACCAUUCAAAAACGAGUUCUAGCUUCCCCCUCUUUGUUGUAACGUUUACUUGGUCGAAACAUGCUUGCAAACCGGUUCACUGAACCGGUCCAAACUCAAACCAAGAAUUAAUCGGCGUUGUUAGUAGUGAAGACUGAAGAGGUUCCAGGUAAUACUGUAACCACCAUUGAUUUAGAUUUAACAUAUAAUCUACGGCUACAAAUGCUCCCUGAUGGUGGAGCCUUUAACUAAGGUUGUGUUAAAUCCGGUUCAGAGAAUUAUAGAAGAAAAAUUUAUUAGUCUAUUGCGUUCAUGUAAAUCCUGCGAACGUCUCUACCAGAUUCAAGCCCAAAUAGUUACCCAUGGACUCCAACACAACGAUUUCGUCGCGCCGAGUUUCAUCGCAACGUGUUCACGACUCGGACGAAUGCAACAUGCACGAAAACUGUUUGAUCAAAUUCCCGAACCAAAUACUGCUACUUGGAACGUUAUGUUCCGUGGUUACUCCCAAAACGAACUUCACCGUGACGCUGUUGUUUUGUUCGGGAAACUGAACCGUGCUGUGGCGAUGCCGAAUUGUUUCACGUUUCCGAUGAUCAUUAAGUCGUGUGCGAAGUCGAAAGGUUUUGUAGAAGGUGAAGAGGUUCAUUGUUGUGCUGCAAAGCGAGGGUUUAAGUUGAAUUCGUUUGUGGCUACUUCGUUGAUUGAUAUGUACUCGAUGAAGGGGUGUAUUGAAGAUGCUUAUAAAGUGUUUGGUGAAAUGCGUGAUAGGAAUGUUGUUGUUUGGACUGCUAUUAUAAAUGGUUAUAUAUCUUGUGGUGAUGUGGCUUCUGGGAGAAGACUUUUUGAUUUAGCGCCUGAGCGGGAUGUUGUAAUGUGGAGCGUUUUAAUUUCAGGUUACAUUGAAAUGAAGAAUAUGGUUGUUGCAAGAGAGCUUUUUGAUAAGAUGCCGAACCGGGAUACGAUGUCGUGGAAUGCUAUGUUGAACGGUUAUGCUGCUAAUAGGGAUGUUGAGUUGUUUGAGAAAAUGUUUGAUGAAAUGCCGGAAAGGAAUGUAUAUUCUUGGAAUGGACUAAUUGGUGGUUAUGUAAAAAAUGAUCUUUUUUCGGCUGCUUUGGAGUCGUUUAAACGGAUGUUGGUUGAGGGUCAUGUGGUGCCUAAUGAUUUCACGCUUGUGGCUGUGUUAUCUGCGUGUUCGAGAUUGGGAGCACUUGAUAUGGGGAAGUGGGUGCAUGUGUAUGCAGAGAGUAUUGGGUAUAAAGGAAACUUGUUUGUUGGGAAUGCUUUGAUUGAUAUGUAUGCAAAAUGUGGUGUUAUUGAAAACGCGGUUGCUGUAUUUAACUGUUUGGAUAGAAAAGAUAUAAUCAGUUGGAACACUAUCGUUAAUGGACUAGCCAUACAUGGACACGCACCCGACGCGUUGAGUAUGUUUGAUAGAAUGAAGAGUGAGGGAGAAGAACCGGAUGGGGUUACUUUUGUUGGGAUAUUGUUUGCUUGUACUCAUAUGGGUUUGGUUAAAGAUGGUUUUUUGUAUUUCAAAUCAAUGGUUGAUGAUUAUUCAACUGUACCUCAAAUUGAGCAUUAUGGAUGCAUGGUUGAUUUGCUUGGAAGAGCUGGUCUUUUAGACAAAGCAUUGAGUUUUAUAAGAAAUAUGCCAAUGGAACCUGACGCGGUUAUUUGGGCUGCAUUACUAGGAGCAUGUAGGAUAUACAAGAAUGUUGAGAUAGCUGAGCUGGCUCUGCAGAGGCUCAUUGAACUUGAACCAAAAAACCCUGCAAAUUUCGUCAUGCUUUCGAACAUAUAUAAAGAUUUGGGGAAAUGGGAAGAUGUUGCCAGAUUGAAGGUUGCAAUGAGAGAUACUGGGUUUAGAAAAUUGCCAGGAUGUAGUGUUAUUGAGUGUAAUGAUAGUGUGGUGGAAUUUUAUUCAUUAGAUGAGAGGCAUUCAGAGACAGAAAGUAUAUAUAGGGUAUUGAAGGGAUUGACAGUGUUGUUGAGAUCACAUGGAUAUGUUCCAAAUCUCACGGAUGUUGCUCAGGGAAUCUGAAUGAUAGGUUAUGUAUUAUGAGUGAGUAGGUGUUAUCAAUUUUUUUCUUGUUGCUAAACCGAAUAUCUUCUACGCACAACUGCAGACCGCAGAUACCAUAAUGGAUGACAAACAAAGUUCUCCUCCAAGAAUUUUAGCUUUGCUGCAUUUUUGAGGUUGAAUUCGAACUCAUGGUGAUCUCUAGUGAAGAUGGCAGAGACUCAGAUUAUUUCAUCAAAGUGCUUUUGGAUUGAAUAGUCAAUUUUUUUUAUGAAGUGCCUCUUAUAGUCCCAGUUCUUUAAAUUAUGGGAGUUGUUUUAAAAAUCAGCUUUAUGGCCUUUGAAGUGGUGAAAAUAAUGCAUGCAAAAUCAUUAUGAAAAUCUUUUGUUGUAAAAAUGUGUUGUAGUAUAUGUAAAAAUUACUUUACAUUAUGUCAUACAUCAAAAGUAGUUAUAUCA